CUUUCAGCAUCCUAUGCUCCUUUAAGCAGUCAAUACAUUUUCUGCAUGAACAAAAUCCCUUGAAACCACCACCCCAUCCGUCUGUUUUCUCUCUCUAUCUAACACUCGCUGUUUCUCUCUCUAACUUCCCAGGAUGAAAACCCAUCUUGGAUUGAAGCUUUUAGCUCUGUUUCUUGCUGGAUUCUUUUCAACCUUCGUCUGUGGAGAGUCUCAGACGAACCCAAAUGACGCUUCAGUGAUGUUAGCUCUGAAGAAGAGCCUAAACCCUUCUGAAGACCUCGGAUGGUCUGACCCAGAACCAUGCCAGUGGAGUCACGUGGUCUGCUCAGGGGACAAACGGGUCACUCGGAUCCAAAUCGGGCACCAAAACCUCCAAGGUACACUCCCUUCAAAUCUCUCAAACCUCACUGAACUAGAAAGAUUAGAGCUUCAAUGGAACAACAUUUCAGGUCCACUUCCGAGCUUAAAUGGGUUGAGUUCAUUACAAGUGUUAAUGCUUAGCAAUAACCAGUUCAGUUCAAUUCCUAGAGAUUUUUUCACAGGAAUGUCAUCACUUCAAUCUGUUGAAAUUGACAACAAUCCCUUUUUGGCUUGGGAAAUCCCCCAAAGCCUCCGAAAUUCUUCAACCCUUCAAAAUUUCUCGGCUAAUUCGGCCAAUAUUACCGGGAAAAUACCAGAUUUUUUCGGUCCGGAUGAAUUUCCAGGGCUGAUUAAUUUGCACUUAGCUUUCAAUAACUUGGAAGGUAAAUUGCCUUUGACCUUUUCUGGGUCACAACUUGAGUCUUUGUGGGUUAAUGGGCAAAUGGGUGAUGCUAAACUUGGUGGGAAAAUUGAUGUUAUACAGAACAUGACAUUCUUGAAGGAGGUUUGGUUGCAUUCCAAUGGGUUUUCAGGUCCAUUACCGGACUUCUCCGGGUUGAACGGUUUGGAGAGCUUGAGUCUUAGAGAUAAUUCUUUUACCGGUCCUGUUCCGGUGUCUUUGGUGAAUCUUAAGUCUUUAAAGAUUGUUAAUUUGACCAAUAACUUGCUUCAAGGACCAAUGCCCAAGUUUAACAAUUCGGUUGCAGUGGAUAUGACCAAAAAUACUAAUAGCUUCUGUUUGCCAAUACCUGGUGAUUGUGAUCCGAGAGUGAAUAGACUGCUUUCUAUUGUCAAAUCCAUGGAUUACCCGGUAAAGUUUGCAGAGAACUGGAAGGGGAAUGACCCGUGUUCGGAAUGGUUUGGGAUCACUUGCAAUGGUGGGAACAUUACCAUUGUUAAUUUUCAGAAAAUGGGUCUUACUGGUACAAUUUCUCCUGAAUUUGCUUCGCUCAAGUCACUGCAAAGAUUGGUUCUUGCUAAUAACAAUCUCACAGGUACAAUCCCAGAGGAGCUUACGACUCUUCCUGCACUUACUGAGCUUGAUGUAUCGAAAAACCAGCUUCAUGGGAAAUUACCAGCUUUUAAGAACAAUGUGAUUGUAAAUAUGAAUGGUAAUUUGGAUAUUGGGAAGGAGAAGAAUGAUUCUAGCACAUCCUCUGGGGGUUCAUCCACUCCAUCUACCGAAAACAAUGGUAGUUCCGAAAGUGGUGGUAAGAAAUCUAAAAACUGGAUUGGGGUGGUCGUGUUUUCUGUAAUUGGAGGUGUCUUUGUGAUUGUAUUGAUUGGUAUUGUGGCUUUUUGUCUAUACAAAAACAAACAAAAGCGUUUUAGCAGAGUACAGAGCCCAAAUGCGAUUACCAUUCAUCCUCGCCAUUCAGGUUCUGAUAAUGAGAGUGUUAAAAUCACAGUUGCAGGAUCAAGUGUGAGUGUUGGUGCAGUUAGUGAAACUCAUACUAUUCCUGGCAGCGAGACCAGCGAUAUCCAAAUGGUUGAAGCAGGAAACAUGGUCAUUUCCAUUCAAGUCCUAAAAAGUGUGACCAACAAUUUCAGUGAAGAGAAUAUAUUGGGACAAGGAGGUUUUGGGACGGUCUACAAAGGGGAAUUGCACGAUGGAACGAAAAUCGCUGUGAAGAGAAUGGAGUCCGGGGUGAUUACUGGGAAGGGUGUGGCUGAAUUCAAGUCUGAGAUUGCUGUUUUGACUAAGGUUCGGCAUCGGCAUCUUGUUGCUCUUCUUGGCUACUGUUUGGAUGGGAAUGAGAGGCUCCUUGUGUAUGAGUACAUGCCUCAAGGGACACUCAGUAGGCAUCUUUUCAACUGGCCAGAAGAAGGGUUGAAACCAUUGGAAUGGACAAGAAGGUUGACUAUUGCCUUGGACGUGGCAAGGGGUGUUGAGUACCUUCAUGGUUUGGCCCAUCAAAGCUUUAUACACAGGGACCUAAAGCCCUCCAACAUUCUUCUUGGGGAUGAUAUGAGGGCUAAGGUUGCAGAUUUUGGUCUCGUGCGUCUUGCCCCCGAGGGGAAAGGAUCAAUUGAAACCAGAAUUGCUGGAACUUUUGGAUAUCUAGCACCGGAAUAUGCAGUGACAGGGCGAGUGACUACUAAAGUCGACGUCUUCAGUUUUGGGGUGAUUUUGAUGGAGCUAAUCACAGGGAGAAAAGCACUUGAUGAGAGCCAGCCUGAAGAAAGCAUGCACCUCGUAACAUGGUUCCGGAGGAUGCACAUUAAUAAGGACACUUUCUGCAAGGCCAUUGAUCCUACAAUUGACCUCACUGAGGAAACACUUGCCAGUGUCAGCACCGUUGCUGAAUUGGCCGGCCACUGCUGUGCAAGAGAGCCAUACCAAAGGCCUGACAUGGGUCAUGCUGUCAAUGUGGUAUCUUCUCUAGUAGAGUUGUGGAAACCAUCUGACCAGAGCACCGAAGACGUAUAUGGCAUUGACCUCGAGAUGUCAUUGCCACAAGCACUUAAGAAGUGGCAAGCAUUUGAAGGAAGAAGUCACAUGGAUUCUUCUUCUUCAUUCCUGCCAAGCUUGGACAACACACAGACCAGCAUACCCACUAGGCCGUAUGGAUUUGCUGAGUCAUUCACAUCUGCAGAUGGGAGGUGAGAAGAAGAUGAAGGCAUGGUGAGAUUGAUUCUGGUUGAUUUUGUUUGUUCAUUCUAAUUGCUUCUUUACUGUAGUCUAUUUAAGCUUUGUAAUUUUUUUUUUUUUUUCCUUUUUUAUUUAUCACGUUUUCAGUAAUGUAGUUUGGAUAUUCUUAAUGUGUUUAUGAAUGAACACAAAUUUCAUGUUUCCUA